AUGGCAUCACCAGUUAUCCCUUUGACCCGUCGAGACCAUGUGAGAAGUUUGCCGAGACGGGUGGAGUUGAAAUACAUAGUGUUAGUGUUUGGUAUGGUCUUUAUAGGGCUGUAUUGGAUGACGGAGAUUUUAGCUCAGGACAUUAGGAGUCGAGAUGCGGAGACUAUGUUUUACCCGAGUAACAGGGUUCAGCCUGGCGGGAUUCCCGCAUACGUGCCCCAUAUUAUAAAUAAGCCAUCAGACCAGAUGUCAUUGGAGCAUAACAUGUUAGGUAGCGAUUUACUGGAUGGUAACAAGAGAACGGGGUUGUUUGAUGGUAUUCGAACUUAUUACAUUAAUUUAGAUGGGUCGGUGGAUCGAUCCCGGGGUAUGUCUGGGAUUUUGGGAGAGUCUGCAGUCCGGGUGAGGGCGGUAAAUGGAACGGAUGUUGACGAUUUAUUGGACCAUUUCCAGCCGAGCGACUUGCAGGCCUUUAUCGAGCAGCCCAGAGAAUUUUUGUUUACGAAGCACAGAUGCGUGACGGGCCAAUUAGGCAACUAUCUUUCCCACCUCAAUGCUAUUUCAAGAGCCCUAUCCGACGGGGCUCAAUACGUAGUUAUCGUUGAAGACGACCUCAGUGAUACUUACAGACAAUUAUGGCCUGCUAAACUUACAACCAUUGUGCAGCAAGCAAACAAACUUUACCCCAAAUGGUAUGCCAUCAGGCUACAAUGGCAUGACUAUGAGCCUAAGGUUCAGCAAGAAUGGAAACACUGGGUAUCCCAUGCACAAGACGUCAGAGAUCAUAUAUUACAAUACUCAGGCCAAAGCAAGCUAGAUCAAUUAGAUCAAACCUGGGGCAACUGGCCGGACGAUAUCAUUGAUUUUGUGAGGCCAUAUAAAGAAGGAUGGGGCAAUGUCGCCACCCUAUGGAACAGGCAAGGUCUUCAACACUUUGUCGAUAAAUAUAGGUCUCCAACUCAUCCAAAUAAAUGGCAAUGCUUACCUGAUAGGCCCUGCUCAGCUGAUCUCAGUUUCUGGGUCGAAGAUAAUGUUCUCAUCACCAUACCGCCCCUUAUCGGCGUUAAAUUCACCGGUAUAAGUACGAGUGAAAUUCGUAAUGGCGUUGUCAACGGUGAUCACGCCCUUGGACACAGAAGAUCCGCCCUAACACAACUAGCGUGGCUAAUGGAGACCAGAGAGAUUUUCAAGGUGGACGCCAAUAUAGGUCAAGUGCCGAUUUUGCCUCCUGCCAAGCAUCCUUGA